AUGCAGCCAUUGCCUCUAGUCGUACUGCUCAGUCUCUACCGAACAGAAGCUCAAGUUCGUGUACGUAUAUGGCAGCCAAACAUCGACUCCAGCAAGAUCAAAGAGCCCAUCCGCUUCUGGGAGUUGGUUGAAAUGCGCCCGACUUCUUCCACGACGCCACCACCACCACCGCCACCGCCACCGCCGUCAACCACUAUUACAACGACGACACAAAAUCAUGAGACAACUAUUACUACCACCACCACCACCAGCACAACUACCACCACAACUACACCCAGUAAGUACAUUGUAGGCUCAACUUACUCUUUUGGGUUACCCUAG